AUGAAGAGAAAACCAGUGUUUAUGAUAGUAUUCCUACUUGGAACACUUGCCCUGCUAGCCGCUGGGCAGGAAGUAUGUCCCGAGCCAUGUAACUGUGACUGCGAAGAGAGUAUGUCCUGUGUCGACUGCUCUGGGCGUGGACUUACCGAGCUGCCAGUGUUCGUCGAUAUGAACAUCGAGAUACUGGACCUCUCCGAUAACAUGUUCACCACGAUACCAGCCGAGCUGGGUCAAUUUCGCCGGCUGCAUUAUCUCGAUAUGUCCGCGAACGCGAUCACCGAACUGCCGGAGGACGCACUGAACGGAAUGUCGUCGCUAUCGAUUUUGAUCCUCUCCCAGAACAACAUCUCCAACUGGGCCGACAUUCAUCCGAACCGGUUGCUGUUGCCGGCGGGAAACCUUAAGGAGCUCCGGCUAGCCAAGAACCGCUUCACCAGCUUCUCCAGCAACGACGAGAGUUUGGUUCUGACGAGCCUUUCGUUGCGCUACCUCGACCUGAGCGAGUGCAGCAUAUCGAAGGUAUCUGGGCAGGAGGUCAUACAGGGGCUGCGCAGUUUGGAACAUUUGAAGCUCACCGGGAAUCCGAUCGAGUCCAUCUCCGACAUGCAGUCGACGAGUUUGAAGAAGCUAGAGCUUAAUAGCUGUAAGCUUUCCACGCUUCAACCGUCAGUUUUCUCCGGCUUAGUUGCACUGAAGGAGAUCAACCUGGCACGAAACUAUCGACUCUCGCUGGUUCUACCGAACGAGAUGGGGCACGUUCAAUCAGCUAGCUUGCGGAAGAUCAAUCUGUCCCACUGCAACAUGGACUCGAUCGAUUUGCAAGGCUUUCCGAACCUCAUGACGGCGAUCAUUCGCGAAAAUAUGAUACGCCAGCUGGGACGGGAAUCGUUCAACGGUAAUCUGUUGCUCGAGCAUCUCGACCUUUCGUCUAACUCGAUCAACAGCAUCCACCCGGAGGCGUUCCGACUGCUAAAGCACCUAAAAACGCUCGACCUGUCGUUCAACAUGAUAUCGCGCGUCGAUGGCAAGCUGUUCAAGAACAACGACCUGCUGACACACAUCAACCUGAGCCGCAACUACAUCAGCCGCUUUAGCCGCAUUGCGGCCGAUUCGCUCGUCUACCUCAACAUGAGCUGGUGCGAGAUACUCACGGUCGACUGGGAUGCGCUCGGUGCGAUGGGCGAGCUGAUCGAGCUCGAUCUCUCCAACAACCUCAUCUCGGACAUCCCGGAUACGAUCGCUUCCGGUACACUGCAGACGCUCGAUCUCAGCAUGUGCCGACUUUCGACGCUUCGCAACACGACACUGUCCGGCCUACCCGAGCUCACGAGGAUCAAUCUGUCCGGCAAUCGGUUCACGACCCCAUUUCGAGUGGACUUCUUCGACCGGAAUCCGUACCUCAGCGAAAUCUGGCUCGGAGAUAAUCCGUGGCGCUGUGACUGCCGGAGUGAUGACUUUUUCCAGUUUUUCCAAUACCUAACCGAUCCACCGGGACGGAUUGGUGAUCGUAAGAACCUGCAGUGUAAUGCUCCGGAAGAUUUCUUUGGAGCCUCUUGGGAGGGAGCGUGCCGAUCCGUCUGGUACCCAUACGAAACGAUGGGUAAUGCUGAGCGUGUCUGGACCUGGCUGAUGGUGUCCAUACUGGCAUUUUUCGGUGUUUGCUGUCUCAUUUCGUCGAUAAGAAAAUUCAUCUCCACGCGGAAAAAACUUAAUGAUGAGCGGGAACGAGCUGAGAACCUGCAGGAAUUGCGUGAAAUUGCCCGGGAAAACCGCGUCCGAUUGCAAAAUGAUGCACCACAAAACGCUCCCGACGCUCGAGAAUCCCGACCGCCGUGCUACGAAGAUGCGCUUCUAUUGCCCAAGCUGGAUGCCGCUUCGUUCGCUUCCCUCGAUGAGCUACUGUUGCGUGGUAAACGGAAGAAACGACGUCGCCAUCGUAGAUCUUCCGGAACCGAUGCCAAAGAUGACGACGACGACGAAGAGGAGCGUAUACAGCUACGCCAGAGAUCGAGGACACGUAGCGAAGAUGUUCUUUCCCGCCGGAUAGACACUUCAUCUGGCCCAUCUGCGGUGGUUCAAUCGAUCUACGAACGUCCAACAUCGACCCGUGUGGUCACGGAAGCAGAAGUGAUGGUACACACAAGCGGUAGAAGACGGUCCGGAUCGGUCACACUGGAGGACAGAGAUCGCGAAGAGGACGAGGAACUGCAUUACCACUCGAUCGACAUCCUCAGUCUUCAGCAUCAGCCGUCCUCGGCAAGUGGUCGCUCGGGACCGAUGGGGGAGUCAACAUCGGCGACACCACGAGUGGGCUCGAGCCAGAGUGGUCCGAUCACACCGAUCGAAAACUUUACCGCCCACAGCCACAGUCCGUACGCCAAACGUAAGGUGAAGCCUUUGCAGCACCUCAAUCCAAACGGGAGCAUCGAGGAGAUUACCGAUUUCGCCGACCGGAAGACAAGCCCAUAUGCGAAACGGCGCAAUCCGUUGCUGUCGAGCUUCCGAAAACUUCCACCCGUACCGGACCGAUCACCACCUCCCAUUCCUGGGACCGUGCGUACCUCCGAUAUCAAUCUAGUCGAAAACUACUUCGAUCCGACAGACCAACAUCGACUGGUAGACGAGCUGGACGAUUAUGCCGUCAUACCGAUGCUGAAAAACCUAUCACCUGCGAGCACGAACGAGCCACAGCCAUCUACUUCCAGAACACACCCGAUGCUGUUGCAGCCGGCGGACCUGAUGGAUGAUCCACGACCGAAUAUAAGCGAUUCAAGUGAAACCACCAGCAGUGUGAGUAUAGAAAUAAUACAACCAUCAGAGUUGAAAAAGUAGACCAAAUUUACCGUGUUUGCAAGAGAAUUACUUAAGAGGAAGAUCGUUCCAAAUAGACACAAUUUAGUAGUUAUAUUUAAACAUUCUACGUACCCACGACAAGAGCAAUCGAUGCUUUUUUAAAUACACAGCAUUAGA